AUGGAUUCCUACUCUUCACAUCGAGACUCCGCGCGCUCGCCGGGCGACAGGACGUGGAGCAGUCGCGACGACACGCGAGUCAAGGAAGAGCGAGCUGACACAUUCUACCGUGGUAGAUCGCCUGGCCAUGAGCGUCAGCACCGUGACAGACGUCCUGCUAUCGACCGAUACGAGCCAAGAGGCCGCGGUCGCGAUGACUACGCUGAUCGCGAUGAUCGCCGGGAGAGAAGAAUCCAGUCACCGCCAGCCAACAUUGAUCGCUACGACAGCAGCGCCUCUGCGCCGAUGACCGUCAACCCCCUUGCGGAUCCCGUCAAGCUCCCAUACCAAGUCGGCUUCUCAUACUUUGGCGAAUGGUGGAGGAUGAACGAAAAGAUAAAGGAGGAGAAGGAACGCCAACGCACUGGUCGUCGCCGUGAACCCGAACGUGCCCGAGGCACACGUGAAGCACAAGAAGAGCGCGAAAAGGAGAAGGCCAAGAUUCAGGUCGCGUAUGACGCCUACAAGGAAGAACUUCAAGCAAAGAUGGCUCGCACUUUUGUUGGCGAGCACAAGAAGGAGCAGUGGUUUCGCGAGCGCUACGUUCCUGAAAUACGUGACGGUUUCAGAGCCCAGCUUCAUGAGUUCCGUCGCGGCGCUUACAGCCAAUGGGAACAAGAUCUUGAGUCCGGAACCUUUGACGAGUUUUCGCUGGAGGGAAUUCCCAAGAGCGAGACUAAUGGCCUUGGAGGCCUCGUAGAGAAGGAGGAAGGUGAAGCAACCGCCGCCAACGAGAUCCUGGGCGUGGGAGACCUUGUGCCAGCCAACGGCGGUGACAUCAGAGAUGAGAACCUGUACCAGCCUACCCUUCUCAUCAAGACCAUUGCGCCCCAUGUCAGCAGACAAAACCUCGAGACUUUCUGCAAGGAGCAUCUCGGCGAAGAAGAGGGCGGCUUCAAGUGGCUUUCUCUGUCAGAUCCCAACCCCAGCAAGCGGUAUCAUCGUAUUGGUUGGGUUAUGCUUCACCCUUCAUCAGAAGUUGCCCCCGCAGUCGUUGACCGUGUCGACCCUAAGGAUGAGGAUGGCGAUAUGCCUUUGAAGUCACCUGCAGUCGUGUCGACUGCUGAGAAGGCCCUUGAUGCUGUCAAUGGUAAGACUGUCAAGGACGAAGUUAGGGGCGAUUUCGUCUGCCACGUCGGAGUGCACAACCCUCCCAGUCACCCCCGAAAGAAGGCUCUCUGGGAUCUCUUCUCUGCACCUGAGCGAGUUGAGAAGGACCUGGGCCUGGUUCAGCGACUCGUCAACAAGUUUGAGGAAGAUUUCGGCUCUGACUUCAACGCCGUCUUGAAGAUUGAGGAACGUGUCGACGAUCUUAAGAACGGCGGCCGCCUUCAGUCCGCAGUCACUGCACCCAAGAAGAAGGCCAAGAAGGAGCGUGACCUCGACGUCGAUGACGGCAUGGACGAACGAGAGGAUGGUGCCAUUGACGAUGACGAAGAUGAGGGUGCUGUUGAGGAGGACGACGUUGACGACGAAGACCUCUUGGUGAAGAAGAAGCAGCUGGAUCUCAUGAUUGAGUAUCUCAGACGCGUCUACAACUUCUGCUUCUUCUGUGUCUUUGAGAGCGAUUCAAUCCACGAGCUCACUCGCAAGUGCCCCGGUGGCCACCUGCGUCGCCCGAGGACCACCCUUAGCACUUCCGCCAAGGCCGUUGCGCGCGCUAGUGCCAAUGGGGAGCCGUUCCCUGGCAAGAAGCGCAGCGAGAUCGAGGAGGAAGGCGAAGCGACCGAAGACAAGAAGUUCCGCGGUACUACCGGCAAGGCAGAACAACAGCUGCUUCGCGCCUACAACUGGGUCAAGACCUUCGAGGACAAGAUUAUGCAAAUCCUUGAGCCCGAAACGGCAGACCUGCGCAAGCUUGGAGGCCGCCCCGUUGAGGAUGCCCUCAGUGACGAGCUGCUAAAAUACGUGAAGCAGGAGGACGAGCACAAGUGGAGAUGCAAGGUUCCCGAGUGUGCCAAGUUGUUCAAGGAAGAGCAUUUCUGGCGCAAGCACGUUGAGAAGCGCCACAACGAAUGGCUCGAGACCAUUGAGCAAGAGUUCCAUCUUAUCAAUGCCUAUGUCAUGGACCCAUCUCACAUUGCUCCAUCAAGGACUGAUGCUAAUUCCAACGGUCACUUCCCUCCUGCUAAUGGCUCUUCUGCAACUGGAACCCCUCGUGGAUUCAACUUGCAGAACUUCACUAUGAAUGGCAUGAUGCCCAUCCCUGGAUUCCCCAUGCCACCCGGUGGGUUCCCGCCGUUCGUCGGUGGCGGACACCCCGGUAUGCAGUCCGGAUGGAACGCCGGCGGCGAUGACCGAGGAGGCCCCGGUCCCAUUCGCCGUGGAGGUAUGAGUGGUAGCCGUGGAAACUACCGAAGCGGUCCCUAUGACCGACGCCCGAAUCCUCGUUGGGAUGGUGGUAUGAGGGGAGGAGGCCGUGGUGGCGCCGGCAAGUGGGGAGACGGUGCUGCCGGUGGUGGAGCGGCUGUCGGCCCAAGAGAAGCCACUCAGGGACGUAGUCUCAAGAGCUACGAGGAUCUCGACCAUGUCGCUGGCGGCGGCGGCGGAGAGCUGAAUUAUUAG